UGAAAUUACAACAAAUCUUUUGAACUGUGACGAGGCCGAGACGGCGACAGACGAUGAAGCGUCAGUUGAUCUAGUAAACGUAACUACACCAGAUCAGGGUGAUACUUUAAUUCCAAAUAACUAUGACACCUUGACCGUGUGCUCGGAUACAAUGUCCGCCGAUUCCCGUACUCUCACAGCUGCUUCAGACACUCUUAGUGUACAUUCGGAUGAGGUCAUAUGGGAUGAAGAAGUGGUGUCUUAGGUGUGUUAUCAUUAAUUCACUUUGUAGUCGAUCCUGGCUGAGAUAGUGACAUCCAUUUCUUCGAAAGGAUUCACUAUUCUCAUCCAGAUGUAGAGUUUAUCCUGGUUAAGAUAGUGACAUCCAUUUCUUCGAAAGGAUUCACUAUUCUCAUCCAGAUGUAGAGUUUAUCCUGGUUAAGAUAGUGACAUCCAUUUCUUCGAAAGGAUUCACUAUUCUCAUCCAGAUGUAGAGUUUAUCCUGGUCAAGAUAGUGACAUCCAUUUCUUCGAAAUGAUUCACUAUUCUCAUCCAGAUGUAGAGUUUAUCCUGGUCAAGAUAGUGACAUCCUUUUCUUCGAAAGGAUUCACUAUUCUCAUCCAGAUGUAGAGUUUAUCCUGGUCAAGAUAGUGACAUCCAUUUCUUCGAAAGGAUUCACUAUUCUCAUCCAGAUGUAGAGUUUAUCCUGGUCAAGAUAGUGACAUCCAUUUUUCUGAAGGGAUUCACUAGUCUCAUCCAGAUGUAGAGUUUAUCCUGGUCAAGAAGUGUCGUCCGGGCCACACCUGGAAAGGUUGGUUGAAGGGAUGCACUCACUUGCUCCAGAUGGUAUGUGUGAUUUCGGCUGGUCGAAAGGACAGUGUCGUCCGGGCCACACCUGGAAAGGUUGGUUGAAGGGAUGCACUCGUCCGGUCCAAGUCGUAACGUGUCUAAAUCUAAAUAGCAUUGCAUUUGAUGUCGAUAAUCAUAUUUCAUUUACAAAGUUCCUAGUUCCUUUAUUGGAUGGACGAGCGGUGAUUGAGAACUUCUUUGGUUUCAGAAACUUACAGACGCCCGAGGACGGUCGUAUGUCAGUCUGGCCGUGACGGCGCGUCUCAUAAAAGACAACGUCAAGAGUGACACCGGCAGUCACUCUAGCGGAGCGUCGUGUCGACGGUAGCGGGGCCGACCAUCUUUGCUUGUAUUUUUGGUGGUACAGAACGGCCAGCGCACCACGGUUGCGACGAAUCGCUACAAGCAGUGUAUCAGUGUAAUAAUGAAUUCGGAUGAAGGCCCUCCUGCGCUUUCAAAUAGAAAAAUAUUGUCAAACAAAACAGCAAAGUAUUGUUUUGUGCCAAAUCGUGACUAAAUCGCAAGUCAAUCACCCAAAUAGUGAACCAUGGGUGAAAUCGGAACCAAGCUUGGCCUGGAUGAACUGGCUGGAGGAGCGGCUGCCAUCAGCAAGGCACUGUUAGCCGAGUUUAUUGGUAACCUUCUAUUGAACUUCUUCGGAUGUGGUUCUUGUGUGAACGUGGGUGCUGCGGUCGGAGGGAUCAUCACCAUCGCCAUGGCCUUCGGUCUCGCUGUCUACGCUGCUGUAUCGGUCAUUGGACACAUCUCAGGCGGUCACAUUAAUCCUGCCGUGACAAUCGGUCUGCUAUCAGUUGGUCGUGUGAAGCCUAUUCGUGCGGUGCUAUACAUCAUAGCCCAGUGCGCUGGAGCGGCUGCAGGCUCCGGGAUCCUGAAAGCCUUGACUCCGGAGAAAGUGGCAGGGCCGUUAGGAGCGACAUCUCUCGGCAAUGAAGUCACCCAACUGCAAGGUUUCGGCAUUGAGUUCUUCCUCGGCUUCGUUUUGGUGUUCGUAGUGUGUGGUGUGUGUGACCCGAACAAGCCGGACAGCAAGGCUACCGCUCCGCUCGCCAUCGGACUGACCGUCACUAUGGGCCACCUGUGCGCAGUCGAUUACACCGGCUCCUCCAUGAACCCCGCCAGGUCGUUCGGCUCCGCGCUCGUCAUCAACACCUGGGCCGAUCACUGGGUAUACUGGGCUGGUCCCAUCGCUGGUGGUAUCGUCGGCGCGCUGCUCUACGUGCAUGGCUUCUCCGCCUCCGUGCCUGACACCCCCACGAGAUACAGGUCCGUCGCCAGCGACGAGAAAGAGCUGAAGCGGCUGGACAGCGGUAAGGCGGACGAGCUCGCCUGAAGUCGCGCGAGCGCGCCCCGCGCCCCUCCGCCCGCGCCCGCGCCCCGCGCUCCGCCCCCGCGCCGCUACCCCUACGCACGGCGAGACAUACACAUAUACGAUACCCGACCUGCCAUAUAGACACAACAUUAUUGGUAUACAAGUACAGGGGACCCACUGCCCGCCAACAGAGACGCUUAUUCAAUUUUAAAGAUAUUUGUGUUUUUAAGACUAAUUAUUCUCUUUUCCGAUGAGAAGAGAAUAUAAUAUCAAGCCACAUGAUCGAAUAUUAUGUAACACGUGGAUGUAGACUCCAAGGCUCCGACUGGUAACAAAUAAACAAAUAAUGUUUUCCAUUAGGCUUUGAAAUCACAGCCAUCCCAUACUUAAAUUAUACUGUUAUUAAAUUUGUUGAUAUCCUUCGUCGAUCCAGUUCUAACUACCUCCUAAAGUUAGAACAGUUUAAAAGUAUGUAGCUAUUAUUAUGUACUACGUAACGUAUAACUUGUAUUGAGCGUCUCUGUUUCAAGACAUGUACCAUUUACCUUUACUUGAUAAAGUAUAUUAAUAUAUCCGUUCUAUUUAUAUUUAUUGAUUAAUAUUUAAACCUAGAACGUAUCAAGUUUUUGACUAAUAAGGCUAAACGUCGCUUCCGUCCACGCAGAAAGCGCCUCGACUUUAGCCCUAUUUAGACAAAAUAAAUCUCUUUUUUAAUUGUGAAAUUUUCACGCAAUUAGAAUAAUCGAACAUUACUAUUUUCUACACUCGAUAUUUAAAAUUUUCUUAAUUAGGUAAAUAAGUUUAGCACAUAAGAAGAAUAUAAUUACCUGUACGAUUUUGAAACCUUUACCUUACUCAGCUUUACUAUUAUAAUUAUAUUAUAUUUAAUGUCUACUAAAUAUUGGUAAGAAUGUUAAAACGAUCGAGUAUUCGUGCACUGCGCUUGUACAAGCGUGAUUUUGAAAAAGCAAUUUAAAUGUUUUCUCACGUCGUGUUGUGGAAUCUGUGCAGCGUCAUCCACAAACUACGCAGUACAAGCAUACAUCUACAUUUUAAAAUUGAGUUCUUUGCACACCAACAUGCAUAAAUAUUUCACAGUUUUAAAAUUUACUUUGGAUUUCUGUCAGCACUUAUUGAUUGAAUGUUAUGAAAUUGAGAUUUGAGAGCAUGUAAAAAAAUCAAGAAACGACAUAUUUGCGAACUUGUGUAUUUGAGAUUUGUUAGAACGAAUAAAAAAUUAUAAUAUUU